GCCAUCGAUGGUUUUCCCAGCUCUAUCGAGCAAUUCUUGCGUGUGGUUGUUGUUGUUUUCAAGUUAUUUUAUCAAAAUAAUUCGGGCCUGUGCUGAGAUGUGAAAUUUAUGCAAGGGCGAUGCAAAUUCAGCAGUUCGCCCCUGCCUCAUCAUAUCAGAUAUAGAAACCAGAGACAGUCUGGGUGGUGGUGGUUGAAAUAAAGAAGAGGGGGAAGUGGAAUGGCAGCAGCCACAGCAGCACCUACACCUGCAGCACCUGAAAGCGCAAAUGCACCUGCCGUUGGGUCCCUGGCAGUGGGCGCGCAAUUCCGUGAAAUACACAAGAACACUUGGCUGAAACGACUUACAGCAGAUGGAAAAAAAUUAACAGUCGGACCCAAGAAAUCAGAAUGCAGCUGGGUAGUUUUCUGUGUACACGAUGACACGGAGGCCCUACUUGAAGGUUAUGCCGAGCCAAGGCAGGCAGCGGCCCAUAUGCCCGAGUGGGCGGUUUCGUUGCGGGAAACAUUGCACAUUUCGCACGCUUUGAUUCCCAAUUCGCAUGAGUUUGAAUUUGUUGUAACGCUUAGCAAUGAGGUCUUGCGAUUUCAUGCCGUGUCUUGGGAAAUUAUGCAAGAAUGGGUGGAAACAUUGAGGUCCAAGCUGCGCGAAAUGAAAAUUCUCUCGCCGCGCGAAAACCUCUACACAAAGUUACCUGAAGUACGUGCUCCAUUGUUGCCAACAAGAGAUCCAACAUCACCAUUGCCAGCUCCGCCGCCUGUGCCCGCAGCCAUGGUGCCAGGAGUGGAGCGGGUUGUAACCACAACAACUCCGGCCACAGCCGCCAUUCCAGCUCUAGCAGUGGCUCCAGCUGCAACAGUGACACCACCUUCAGCCGUAACUUCACAUUCAACAUCAAACUCAGCAGCUCCAGUAGCGCCUCCACCCACAACAGCCAUGUCAAAUACACUAAGCCAAAACCUACUCAAUUUGCUAUCGGACCCAAUAAGUACAUAUAGUGAACAAAUAAGCGAGACAACCACAUCGCCAGUACCUAGCGAUCCAGCUGUCGUUGAAUAUCAUGGCAUUACGGGAGGAAGCAUUAGCAACGACGACGACGAUGUCAAUCUAUCCGAUGAUGAGUUUCUAUCUCCUUUACUCCGAAAGGCGUGCAUAGCAACCGACAAUGGGGUUCGCGUAGACGUAGUUGCUCAACGAGCCUCUGCCGAUCCAGUUUUAAACUUGGAACAUAUGCUUCAAUGUGAACGUCUCAUACCCAGGCCACAAACAUCACGUUCCAUGUCCGCCGGAGCGGCCGAUAAGAGCAGAAGGCCACCUCGAAGACAACAGCAGGCACAUGGAGGAACUACCUCAACAGCUGUGGAAGAACCACAGGAUAACAUCACAAUUAUACAGGUGUCGAAUGCGACAACAAAUGGUCAAUCCCAACCGCCCGAACUGCCGCCCAAAACCAAUAAUAUAGUCGCCGAUGUUUUUCGAUUUCCUGAGAUCAAUGUAAAGUCAAAGACAACAACGACGACGACGACGACGACUGGACAAUUGCAACAUACCGAUUACAAAAGCAACGUACAAAUCAUUCCGUCCAAUGCAAGUACCAUACAGGUGCUGGGCCAACAGCCCAGCAGUAGCAGUACCGCCAGCACCAGUAAUCCCUAUACUAUGCCAGUGAAACCAAAUGCUUCCAAUACAACAAACCUUCCACAAAUAUCCAAUACGAAUACAACAAAGGUGCAAGUACUAUGUGAAGGCCCGACCAACAGCGAUGUUGCCACCACAACGGUGGCCGUCUAUGGAACCUGCUAUCCCAUUGAAGCAGUCCAAGCUGGGCCAAGUUGUAGUACAGGGAUUGCCUCCGCUUCACCAGCAGCCAAGCCAAAGACGCCAAAGCUAAGCAAGAAGAUAAUACUCAGCGCCAACACGUCGGGCAUAACGAGCAUCAGUGUCAAUCAUGAGGAGAACACCGAUCCUGUAAUCACUGGGAAUGUACACUAUGAGAAAGUGUUUCUUUCGUCCAGCAUACCCAUUAGCAAUAGUAAUAGUCACACCAGGAGCCCAACAAGAUUGCUGGAGGCAGAACGUAGUUUGUCCAGCAGCGGUCCACCUCCAAUUGCCAGUAGUCCAGCAUUGCCGAGACGUCGCCUGGCUUCGCCCACCAAUGGACGACGAAUGCCACAGUUAAAUCGAGGCCUAACUGAGCUGGUAAUCAGUACGCGGCCAAGUCGAAGGGAUUUCCAUUAUCUUAAGUUACCCAAUACGCCCUUGAAAACAAAGACGACGACUACAACCUCUUCCUCAACGCAAAAAACAUCAAGUGCUGCCAACAACAAUAUCGAACAGCAAUCCACGCCACGUUCGGGCACUGGUGCUCCACUACCACGCAAUAAUCAUUCAAACACAGUUCCAGAUUCGGAAAGCAGUGUGGAUCAGCAACGCAGACGCAGCUCUUCAACAUCUGAUGCACAGGCUCCGCUUCAACGUGCCGCUGCCUCCGCCGCAGUAUCAACACAGCAGCAUCAAAGCAGCCAACGUAGUGCCAACAAUAAUGAUUGUGGUGGAAAUGUAUUUCGAAUGCAAUCGCCUCCACAGGUGGCUGCAUCAGCAGCACCUUCAAAUCAGGCGCAAUCUUCUCCAAGUAAACGACUAACAUUACGCGAACAACAGGUCAUGCAAUUGAGGCGCGAGAUUAUGCAUCCUGGUGUGCGUUUAAAUUUGCGGCGUAAAGAUUGUGUCGGAUCUAUUGCCUGGGUUGAUGCAUUUGGUGGUGUUUGGAUUGCUGGGUGGAAACAAAAGGAGCAUCCAGUUCUUUACAAUGCCCUGCAUAUUGGUGACCAACUACUCUCGAUUGCCGGUGUAAGCAUUAGCAGUGCAGCAGAAGCCAACAAAAUCAUACGGAAUACUAAUACACUUUUUGUCGAGGUAUUGCUGCGACGGAUACCGUUUGGUCGCGCCUAUGCUAUACGUCGGGACCGGGAAGGUCAGUGUUUGGGUCUAAUACGAGAUGGAAAUACAUCGACCAUUGUCGAUGUGGUACCCAAUAGUUUAGCAGCUCGUCAUGGAUUGCCUCCCAAAACUCAAUCAUGUGAUGGCAGUACAUUGACAUUUUGGAUGCUCACCGAGAUUAAUGGACGAACGCUCAAUUUGUUCUUCAAGGAUAUGGAGAUACGUGAUCGUCUUAAUUCGGUGGGACGUGAUAUAUCGAUAUUGGUGCAACCUUCGGACUUGAUAACGAAAUUAAAAAAACAAUUGAAGUCAUUGCGUGGCUAUAAGGAUUAUCUGGUGCAGUAGUAAUAGUAAUCACUUCAAAAGUGAUAUAUACCGGGUGAACAAUUUAAUAUCUCAACUGUUAUAUGCUUGUGUUAUACUCGGUCUAUUUUUUGUAUAACUCUGGGGCCCAGUAAUCAUUCCAAAACCAUGUAAUUGCAUUUUAUUCAAAUUGAACAGACAUGCUACAUAGUCAACUCAUUUACAUACAUACAUAAAUGUAUAUGUAGAAACUUUUUGCUAUAUACAUACGAAACUAUAUAAUGAAUACUACUUCUUAAAGGUCUUAGGUGUAGCGUUGAGAAUUCAUAUAUACAAAAAACAAUGAAAACAAAAAUCCCUUUAUAUAUUUUUGCAAACUUUUAUAUAAACUCAUAUAUAUAUAUAUAUAUAUAUAUAUAUACCUUUAUAUUAUAUACAAUGAAUCUAAAAAGAUAUAUACAUACAUACUUACUAGCUGUCACUUGAUCCAAUAGCUAAAAAAUGUACACUUCGAAUAAUCGUGUUUUUCGAAAGAGAAAUUAUUGAGAAAUUUUACAAAAAGCAAUUAAUGAACAAGUAUUUUAAAAUAAUUUGAAUAUUUUAUUUUUCAAAACAAAACAAGAUUGUAAUCGUACACGUAUUAUACAACAAACUGUGCAACUUAGUAUCCUUAUGCAAUAUUAGAGUGCCUCUGAUUUUGUUUUUUAUAAAUGUUUCUCUUAUGAUUUUAUUUUUUUUUACCUUUUUUAAAUGAAACAAAAAGACAAUUAGAUAAAAAAGAAAAAAACACAAAUUGGAAACAUCUACGUAAUCUUUAGGAUGUGAUAAAAAUGAGUACUCAAAACUUUAGGCAAUUUUUAAAUGAACAUUUUUAAUUGUAAAUGCUUUUUGAUUUGUUUUAAUAUAAGUCUCCCAUGGGUAUAUUCCACCAUCUUAGGUAUAAGCAUAUAAUGAUCAUUAAAGCAAUUCCAUGUAAAUCA